AUGGAGCACAACGCGGAUCGUGAUGAGAUUGUCUCUCAAUUCUGCGCCAUGACUAGGACGGAUCCUCACGAGGCGCAAGGCUAUCUCGCAGCCAACGAGUGGGACCUCGAAGCCGCAGUGACCGAAUUCUUCGCCGAACAAGAUGAAGCUUCACAGGAUACUGGUGCGGCUGGUGGUGGUCGCCGACUGGGCACUGAAUCGGAACCCUCUGCAGGCCGUUCGCUUGGUGGCAGCUCCUCUCAUUCCCCCUCCAUUACCCCGCAGCCCUCGUCCCGCAGGUCGGCCCCGAAAAAGAAGUUUGCAACCCUGAACGACUUUGCGUCGGGUGGAGGAGAAUCUUCAGAGGAGGACGAUGCAGUGAACCAGGACUUCUUCGCUGGAGGUGAGAAGUCGGGCUUGGCUGUGCAGAACCCCGAUGAUAUCAAGAAGAAGAUCAUUGAAAAGGCCAAAAGGGCUCAGCCUCCGCCAUCGGACGAACCUACCAGAAGGUCUUUCUUCACCGGCACAGCACGUACCCUUGGUGGUGAUGAGGCUCCCAGCAGGGUAAUCGAAGCCCCCAGUGCACCUGUUUCGCAGACACCGCAGCGCGUACAUAGAACCCUACACUUCUGGUCAGAUGGCUUCUCUGUUGAUGACGGAGAGCUGUUCAACUCCGACGACCCCGCCAACCGCGAGAUCCUCGAGGGUAUCCGCCAGGGCCGUGCCCCGCUCUCCAUCAUGAAUGUGCAGGCUGGCCAGGAGGUGGACGUGGAGAUCAAACAGCACGACGAGAAAUACGUGAAGCCCAAGCCUAAGUACAAGCCCUUUUCCGGGGCUGGACAGCGCCUCGGCAGCCCCACGCCUGGUGUGAGGGCACCUGCGCCAGCAGCAGCUCCUACUCCCAGUCAGUCUACCGAGCCAGCCAAGCCGGACGUAGAUGAGUCGCAGCCGAUAGUGACUCUUCAGAUCCGCCUUGGAGACGGCUCACGGCUCACUUCCCGGUUCAACACCACCCAUACCAUUGGUGACGUGUACCAGUUUGUGUCCGCUGCCAGCCCCAGUAGUCAGUCGCGUCCCUGGGUAUUGAUGACUACGUUCCCCAGCAAGGAUCUUUCUGACAAGAGUGUUGUGCUGGGUGAUAUGGCGGAGUUUAAGCGGGGCGGCGUGGUGGUACAGAAGUGGCAAUAA